GUUAUUGUAAUUAUGGUGUGUUUUCAGACGGAUCUCUCCUGAUCUAGAGGAGACGGCUAUCACUACAUCAGUAGAUGAGAGCAAGAGACGAUAAAUGGCAACAAAUACUAAAGAUUUCAGAAGCAAUGGGGCCCCCAACAACCGGGCCAACAUUGCGCCUCUUGCAUCCCUUCGGGAGCCAGUGUACCCCACCAUGCGGGCUGCCAAAUCCGCCAAGAAAACUGCCAUGGUCGUCCCAUUGGCCAGCGAGGGGAACUUCCAGACACUGAAGAUGAAAACCAACCAGAGUCAGUGGACACCGCUCUCAAAUAAACCCUCCAAUGAGCAGAUGUUUGUAGAAAGAAGAGAACUAAUUGGCCAUUGGUUUGACCUCUGGACUGAUGCCCAGAGGAAGCGAUUCCUCCAGUACAUCCUUGUGCGUUGUCGGCGAGCGCAGCUACUCUACCUCUACAACUGGUUUGAAGGCCAUGUUCCUGUGGAGCAUCUGAACUUUGCGACGGUGCUGCCACGUUUCCUGUCUUUAUACAUCCUAUCCUUCUUGGAUCCUCGUAGCCUCAGCAAAGCUGCUAUGGUCUGCUGGCAUUGGAAGUUUCUGGCAGAGCAGGACGUUUUGUGGAUGCCAAAGUGUCUGAAGCUAGGCUGGUUCCUGCCGUACAAGCCAAAACAUAAUGAAUAUGGAGCUUGGAAGCAUCAUUACAUUCACUGUCUCAGGACACUAGAUGUUCAAGCUUCCAAAGAUUUUGGUUUGUACGGCCGAAUGGGUGACGGCACUGGCUUAGAUGAUGCUGCAGCCAAUAAGAAGAAGAAACAGAAUCAGACUUCUGAUGUGGUGAUGUCGAGCAGUUUGGACAGCAGACCGGUGUGGCUGGACCCUGACCACCACCCCCAGGACCUUGAGAGGGCCUACCAGGGUAUGGUACAUUCUGGCAACCCUAACCAGCCAGGUGUGCCACUGUCCACGCUGCAACAUUCCAAGUCUGUUCCGUCAUCACCACGCAAACACACAAGGUCGUGGACCGAACCAGCGAGGGCGUUUGAGUACGGUCUCGCAUCCAAAGACAGAAAAGGACAUCAUAGAGCUCAAGGGAUUGAUGAUGUUGAAUUGUCAGGUGCUUCACUAGAAGCAGUCACUCUAUCGGCCAGUAUGGCAAUGGAGAUGGGCCAAACCGUUGGGGCUGCCCUACAACAAGCCAUCAGACAUGAAACUAAGAAACCGGUAUCUCGCAGGAAAGACUUAUCAGCAGGAGGUGAUUACCCAGGAGGCAUUGCAUCAAAUUCCCAUCAUGCACCUGAUAAAACCCUCGUCAGGUCCACACAACGCCCUCGUCUGCUGGUCGUCUCAUCGCAGAUAACAGCAAUGCAGCUUGUCUCAUCGGCAAUCAAGCCAGAUGUCCUGGUUGUUGCCUAUGAGUACAUCGGAACGACUCUAGAGUCUCUCCUGUACAGGAUAGAAGAAACUCUAGCUGGAUCCUCUGCAAGGAGCAUUGGCAUAAUGGUGGAGGGAUCUGAUGAAAUCCAACUAGUGGGUUCCAUGGCAACCAGCACUACGUCACUGGAGAAACCAGAGCUCAAACAUUUUUGGGAGAAGUUGUGCGGAAACAUCUUACCGGGAGCAGAGGGUGGCCACCUCGACCUUUUUGUACCCUUAGCCGCUUCUGAUGCGGGAUGUGAUCUUCUACAACAGAUGAGCAAUCUGACUGGUGUUGUUAUUACGUCACCAUCUACAUUAUCCGACUCCAAAUACGGUUAUAUCCUGGGUGAAUGGCACAACUGGGGUAAGUCAACCAGCCCAGCAUCAUUGUAUUUAGAAUAUGAUAAGCUAAAGGGUUGGCUCGCAUCUUCAGAUAGGGUCAUCGAGGCGGCCACCUCCUGCCAGAAGGUUCUAAGAAGCUACUUGAAAGACUCCAAAGAGGACCUGGUUGCUAAAUUGACUGGUGAUAUUGUAUUUAAGAGUCUUGGUAUUCAGGACACCAGACUUCAUCAGAUAGCUCCGUCAUUGGUCGAAGCCCUCUCUGCAUUAACAUCGCAGUCAAUGGAGGUAAAUUCCUUGGCUUUUGUUGGCAACCAACUCCUACAAGCCAGUGGUCAAAGUGUCUCCCAGACUCGUCUUAAUAAGACACAAGCAACAAAAAUGAGUCCAGCUAAGCAACGACUGAAAAGGAUGUCCAGUUUAAACAGCGACAUCAAUAGUGAAAUCUCUGAAGAAAUAGAAGAGGAGAUCACAGACUUUGACAGCGAGGUUGAAAAUAUCAACCGCAAUGCUCUCUACUCAUCCAUCUCGGAGCUCAGACCAGCUGAGGUACCAGUUACAAUGGGUACCAGGCAACUAUCAACAUUCAAAGUGACGCAGUUACCAACUGGUGACAGCAGGCAAAACACAGCUUUUCAGAUUCUGUCGUCAGAGUUCUCUUACAUGCAGAAUCUGAUGAUUAUAGAGGACGUCUAUCGCAAACCACUACUAGCAGCUCUCAAGUCAAACAAGGCAAUAAUCAGCCAGGCUAAUGUACACAUGAUCUUCACAGACGUCAACAUCAUUCUAGCAAUUACACGUGAGAUCACAGAGGACCUGAGUGAUCGCUUAGAGCAAUGGGGUCCAGAACAAUGCAUCGGUGAUUGCUUCAUUAAGUUCCAAGCCAAACUCAAGGCAUACACCAACUUCCAUAAGAACUACCAGAUUGUACUUGCUACCAUAGAUAAGUGUCGUCAGCAGUACCCAGCGUUCCGUGCCUUCCUCAAACACAACAACAUAUCCCCAGAGUCUAACAUGAUGUCCUUGUCGGAGCUGUUCCUACUCCCAGCUAGGCGUAUCGGGCUGUACAUCCAGAUGCUACUCGCCCAGCAAGGCGUAACGCCCGAUGAGCACCCAGACAACCAGGAUCUAGGGGUGGCUAUUGGGAUGUUUAGGCAACUUCAGACUUUUGUCGAAGAGUGUAAUGAGAGAGCAGAGAGAGAGAGGCAGAUGCUAGAUUUACAGCGACGCAUCAAAAAAUGUCCAACACUUCUUGAGUCCAAUCGCUUCCUCAUCAAGGAACAAGUUGUUGCUAACAUGGAGCAGGCAGAGAAAAGCGGGUUGUAUGAACAUACUCAAGAUCUUGGCCUAUUCCUAUUCAACGAUGCAUUAAUGGUGACCAUACAAACUAUCAAGACGAUGCCAUACACAAGACAGACCGAGACCCUGUAUCACUUCCACUCCUCCGUUGGCCUACCCAAACUGGAAAUCCAGGAAUUACCCGACUCCAAAUAUAUGAAGCAUGCAUUCAUCCUACAGACUCCUAAACGUCGCUGGGUUUGUGCAACAGAUGAUGAGAGCGAUAAGAUAGCCAUUAUGUCAGCUAUAGAAACAGCUAUACAGGCCUCGCUUGAUGAAACAUAGAAAUGUAAGCCAACAUGAAAGACUUUCUUGAUAAAGCAAUUAUUACACUGGCCAAGAAGCCAGCCAAACAGGCCAUGGAGACUGCCAAAAUGGCCUCACUGGAUCAAACAAAGUGAUGUAAUAGCCAUACAGCAGCAAUCCAACCAUGCAGGCUUUACUGACCAAGGUUUCUACCAGUACAUGUACACCAUACUGGCCUCAAACAAAGCAAUGUAAGCCAUAGAGCCAACCCAACUACGCUGGCCUUUAAGCAGAAAUUGGCCUCUUUGAGGUACAUGUACGUACAUGUACCAGACAUUGUUGAGCGAAACCACCAGUUAUCAAGCAGGAUUGAAUUGAUUUCAAACUUGUACAAAAUACAACGCUCACACCAAAAUAUUACAAACAUGUACUUUAUGCUACAAGGUUUUAAAAACACAAAUGCUGCAAAAGUGGAUUUAAAAAGACUCAUCGAAAUAAUGAACUUUGUAUGAUGCUGUUGAGAUAGGGCACAAGCUUGUUUUCCCUUUUUUUCCACCAAUGACAUCACCAAUGCACCAUUCAAGUUUAGCUUCCUACAUGAGCUUCAUAGGGAUUAUUUUACUCUAGACUCAAGAGACAACUUUUACAUCCAGAAGUGGACUUUGCUGAGUACCAGCGUAGAUGUAGAUGUAGAUGACAAAAGAUAGAUCAGCUUGCCGAAAUCAGUGUGCUAUAAUGGUUGCCAGUGUUGCAUAGAAUCUGCUAUAAUGGUUGCCAGUGUUGCAUGGAAUCUGAUUUUCACAAAAAAUCUGUUUUGCGUGCCGAUCGUGCACAUUGGGGCGCGCAUAUGAGGGUGCAAACAUAUCAGAACUCCUCCCCUAGUUUGGGAGCGGUUUGAAAAGCUUUUUACACAGAUACACAUGUACUUUAAAUUAAUAAUAUCGAGGCUACUAACAUGUUUAAUCUAAUCGAUUGCAAAGCAAUAAUUUUGUGACUUUUUUUAGAGUAUUUUUCUACGAGAGUAUUUUGCACAGAACGAUUUUGUAUGACGACUUUUAUUUUUUGCACUUAGUGUGGUUUCAAUGUUACUCUGAGAACACAUACUUUUCUAUGGUAGUACUUUUGCAAACUAAUUUUCUACUUGAACUUGUGAAAAAUUUGGCGAACAGAGGUUCAUGGAAAAAGUUUCACACAAAUGUAGCAGAGGUUAAUAAUAAUAAUAACAGUCGGUAUUUAUAUAGCGCUUUAUAAACCCGAAGGGGGACUCAAAGUGCUUAAACAUACAGUAUUUUAUGCAAGGUAUGGGACUAAGUUGGAAUUAUGAGAUCUACUCCUUUUUCAUAGCACCAUGUAAUGGAUUACAAGGUGCUGUGACGCAAUAUGCUGCAA